CAGAAGCACUUGGUGUCUCUCGAAGCCCAACAUUUUAUACUUCCCCUCUCCUCCCCAUCCCGCACCUCUCUCGUGCAUUCUCGCGCCUUCGAUCUUCGAUCGGUCGAAUCACUGGUCCCUCCCCCUCCGAAACCCUAGCGAGCGUCGUCUUCCUCGUUCUCCUCCUCCGAGGAACCCUAGCGAGCGUCCAUGGCGAAGUACGGCGAGGGCGACAAGCGUUGGAUCGUGGAGGAGCGCCCCGACGGCGCCAACGUCCACAACUGGCACUGGGCGGAGCGCGAUUGCCUCGAGUGGUCGCGCUCCCUCCUCUCCUCCCUCCUCUCCGGGCUCGUCGUCCUCGACGGCGAGGGGGGCCUCUCCAUCCGCACCAAAGCCCUCGAGAAGCUCGACGGCGAGGCCUACGUCAACGUCCGCAAGGGCAAGGUCAUCCCCGGCUACGAGCUCUCCCUCUCCCUCUCCUGGGAGGGCGAGGCGCGCGACUCCCCCGCCGGAUCCCCGCUCCUCAAGGUCUCCGGAACCCUUGAGGUCCCCUACCUCGCCGACGAGAACGCCGGCGAGGAUCCCGAGGUUAGGAUCACCGUCCGCGACGACGACGGCCCCAUCGGGCGCCGGAUCAAGGACGCCUUCGUUGCAAAGGGGAAGCCCCUCGUUCUCGAGAAGCUCCGGUCGUAUGUGGAUGCCAUGGCCAAGGGCGGGCCCGCGCGGGACGAGUUAGAAGCGAAGAAGCCCACCGCUUCUGCGGCCAAGAGCGACGCAUCGGCGGCUCCGGCUGCUGGAAAACCCGCCGCAGCUGCCCCUGCGGCGGCAUCGGCGGCGCCGCAGAAGAAGGAGAAGCCGAAGCCGAAGGAAGGGUUUAAGACGAUAACCCUAACGGAGCGGUUCUACUGCAGAACCAAGGAUGUGUACGAGAUCCUAAUGGAUGAGAACCGGUGGAAGGGUUUCACGCAGAGCAAUGCUCGGAUCAGCAAGGAGGUAGGUGGACAAUUUAGUCUCUUCGAUGGAUCGAUCACCGGAGUGCACGAGGAAUUGCAGGAGGGGAAGCUGAUCGUGCAGAAGUGGAGGUUCAGUAGCUGGCCCGACGGCAUCUACUCGACGGUGAGGUUGACUUUCGAUGAACUGGAGCCUGGAGUUGCAAUCGUAAAGCUUUUGCAAACUGAUGUUCCGGAGGAAGACAAGUACGGAAACGCGACGGUGGUGGAGAACACAGAGAGAGGCUGGAGGGAACACAUCUUCCACAAGAUACGUGCGGUCUUCGGGUUUGGAAUUUAAAGCAACUUGGCAAGAGCCUCUUCCAUUUUAAGAAGUCUAGCCUUGUCAAACGUCUGCUUCCUUCUAUGAGUUUCCAAUUUUCGAAAUGCAUGAACUUGGAAUUUGCUUUCGAACAAUUUUAAUCACAAUGGUGUUUAUGCAACUGUUGCGUCUGUGCUCGAGUCGGCUGGUCAUACUUUUAGUGUAAUGUUAACUUGACAAGAAAUUCAAAACUUUGUCCGGUAAAACUAAUGCCGCAUCCCUUUAGCUAUACUCGUGUCAUUCUUUUAUCUAUUGAAAGUACAGUGGGAACCUUCUACUGAAUGUAAUAACUGUGUGCCUAUUUAGAAUUUGGUUUUAAGCUUAUGAUGAUCUUAUAA